CAACCACCACCCCCUCCCUCUCUCUGUAUAUUGUUACGGUGUGACAUCAGGAUUAUUUGUUACUGUAAAGCGUUUAACUGACAAUGUGGAGCGCAUCAGCCCGGGACUUAUAGAUAUAUCUACUGAACUGGAGCUGUCUUCGCUCUGCGUACUCGAACAGGAAUGUCGCAUGAACUCCUGGCCUGCUUUUAAUUGGUGCAGAUUUUUCAUAACAUCCAUUUGUUUGUGCGGGUUUUCCUAAGUACCCUGGUUGCCUCCCACACGGGGGCACAACAAGCUGUUUUGAAGUAAUCACCCCUGAACCAGUCUAGCGAGUGAGGAAUCGGGCUCCUCAGCUUUUUUUUCAUGCGUCUCCCUGCUUCAGACUCUCACACCAAAAUGAACUGUGAGCAGGACCUUCUAGAAGGGGGGCUUAAUGUCACCCUUACCCUCAGGCUCCUCAUGCAUGGAAAGGAGGUUGGCAGCAUUAUAGGAAAGAAAGGAGAAACGGUGAAAAGAAUUAGAGAAGAGAGCAGUGCACGCAUCAACAUCUCCGAGGGGUCUUGUCCGGAGCGAAUCAUCACAAUCACUGGAUCAACAGAUGCUGUUUUCAGAGCUUUCACCAUGAUCACACUCAAACUGCAAGAAGAUCUCAGUACACUGGUAUCUAAUGGCACAGUUACCAGUACACCACCAGUGACUCUGCGACUAGUCAUCCCUGCCAGUCAGUGUGGCUCAUUAAUCGGAAAAGGCGGCUCCAAGAUCAAAGAAAUCAGAGAGAGCACAGGCGCUCAAGUCCAAGUGGCCGGAGACUUGCUGCCUAACUCUACAGAGCGAGGAGUGACGAUAUCGGGAACACCAGAUGCCAUCAUACAAUGUGUUAAGCAGAUCUGCGCUGUCAUUCUGGAGUCACCACCUAAAGGAGCCACCAUUCCAUAUCGACCAAUUCCCACACAAGGACCACUUCUAAUUUCUGGCAAUCAGACCUACGCAUUACAGAGCCAUUACACCAUUCCACAUUCAGAGCUAGCCAAGCUCCAGCAGCUGUCCCUGCAACAAGGCACUCUAACUCCCAUGGGCCAGACGACUGCCGCUGUUCUUUCUGGUUUGGAAAGCAGUUCACAGACAACAUCUCAGGAACUUCUAAUUCCAAAUGAUCUGAUUGGAUCCAUUAUUGGCCGUCAGGGUAGUAAAAUCAAUGAAAUCCGGCAAGUGUCAGGAGCACAAAUCAAAAUCGGUAAUCAGUUGGAUGGCACAAGUGAUCGUCACGUUACCAUCACUGGAUCUCCCAUUAGCAUCAACCUGGCACAAUAUCUCAUUAUAUCUUGUUUAGAGACCGCCAAAUCCACUGCCCAGCCCUCCUCCAUUACGACCCCCGUUGACCUCAACAUGACCUUCACCCAGCCUGCCUCCCCUGCGUCCACUUCAGCUGCAGCGCUUGCGGCAAUGGGCGCUGUGCCCCAUGGUCAUGUGUUGGGCACCCCCUAUGCCCUUCCCCUCUCCAGUAUCCUUGGAGUGAAAUCCGUUCCCUUCCUUGCUCUCUCAGCACCCACCGCUGCCACCCACGGGUCUUUAACAUCCUACACGGCCAAAAUCUCCUCCACCAACGGGAUCAAGAAGCCAGAGAGACAAAAGUUCGCCCCCUACUGAUCGAGAGAAGGAAGGCAACCGUGUGUUUGUAUCCUAGAGAGUCCAGAACUGUAUGGAGGAAUGGCGACCUGUCAUUUUUUUGGUAGCACAUAUCUGGAGAAGGCAUGCGCAGUUUUCAAAGGCGACUUUUCUGCCCUGUUUUCAAGCACACAGGAGGAUGUUUGAACAAAUCUGCCAACAUCAGAGCCUGAAACCAACACCAAUGGAAUUUUUCUAGAAGUUUCAGAAUGUUCUAUUUAUUGCUUUUUUUUUUCUUGUAAAAAAAAAAAAAAAAAACUCAAAUAUUCUGUAUACUUGAUUAAUGUAGCUAAUUCUGUGUAUUUACAUGAAUAUUUUAAUAUAUAUAAAUAUACAUGAAAUGCUUAA